AUGCAGUUUGUGCAAAGCGCCGCUGCGCUCGCAGCUGCAUUGCUUAUCGCCACACCAGUGCUCGCUGAACAGAAGUGGUACAACCCCCAUGGUGUCAACGAUGGCCUGAAGAAGGUGAAGCACGUUGUACUCUUCAUGCAAGAGAACCGUGCCUUUGACCACUACUUCGGCACAAUGGCGGGUGUGCGUGGCUUCCAGGACCCGAAUGUGCAGGUCUCGAACAACACGGGCAAGAAUGUGUUCCACCAGCCUGUGGACCAGUCGAUUUUGAGCCCUGCCCCGCCCAAGGACGUGGACGAGGUCCAGCCCUUCUACCUCAACUGGGCCGGCAAGGAUUGGCACCAAAAGACCCAAUGUAUGCUUGCAGGUGUGAACGACUGGGUCUUUAACCAUGCCGCCUGGAACAACGGUAACAAUGACCACUGGGCCCUGAGGAACUCGGUCUACAGUCUUGGUUACCUCAAGGAGGAUGAUAUUCCUGUUCAAUGGAACCUGGCUGACUCGUUUACGGUGGGUGACAUGUACUACGAAUCCAUCAUUGCCUCGACGAACCCCAACCGUGUGGCUUUCUUUGCCAGCACCAUUAACCCUCCUCACGGCAGUACCAUUAACGGCACGAAUAAGCACAUGGGUGGACCUGUGCUCAACAACAACGGCCAUGACGGCUGUUUCGUCACGGCCGAGCUGACACCCCUGUCGUGCCGCCCGCUUCGCUGGAAGACAGUGCCUGAGUACCUUCAGGAGUCCGGUAUCUCUUGGCAAGUGUACCAAGACGAAGACAACUUCGGCGAUGACCCACUGGAUCACUUUGAACAGUAUGAAAAGGCCGCUAAGCACAAGAGCGAACUUGCGAAGCGCGGUACGUCGUAUGUGGGUCUGGACAAAUUCUACGAAGACGCCCGCAAUGGCAACCUGCCGGAAGUGUCGUACAUUGUAGCUCCCGAGAACCUGUCGGAGCACCCUCCCUUCAAGCCCAUGGAUGGCUCGUGGAUCCAGAAGAAGGUUGCUGACGCUGUCAUGGAGGGCAAGGCCUGGGACUCGACUGCUAUCAUUUACUCAUACGACGAGACAGGUGGCUGGGCAGACCAUGUCAUGGCCCCGCAUCCCCCUAGGAGUGAAAAGGGAGAAUGGAUUGAAGACCCAUUCCUCAAGUUCAAGGGCGUACAGCCCAUCGGUCCAGGCUACCGCCUUCCUUUCUAUAUCGUCUCUCCUUGGACUCGCGGUGGUAAUGUGUUUACGGAGCAUGCGGCCCACGAGAGUCAGAUUAUGUUCCUUGAACGUUGGGCUGAAGCGCAUGGCAAGUCCUUCUACGCCAAGGAAGUGCCUUUGUGGCGUCGCGCGCAGCUGAGUGAUCUCGUCAAGGCCUUUGACUUCAGCAAGGAGGACACAAGUGUGCCGUUCAUUCCCCGUGUGCACAAGCCAUCGCAAGACGCUCUCACGCACCGUUUCAACGGUGGUAUUCAGUGCCUGCUCAAGCACGCUGGCUUUGUGUUCCCGCCUGUGCCAUACGGAAAGCAGAACUCGAAGAACUCGAUGGAGGUGAAGAAGGGCUUCAAGAGCGUGCGUGGUAAUCUGACGGAAGGCCGUCGUCUGACAUUUGAAGCGAACGGCCAUGCCCUCAGUCAUGCGAACAAGAAGUUGGGCACGAGCUCUGCGAAGAAGAGUCACGAUGACGACAACCAGCUCUUCGUGCUUCACUGGCUUGGAUCAGAGCCUAGGGACAACCGCUUCCAUAUUUCGACCGAAAAGGGCCACUACAUUACCAAGAAGCUUUCUUUGAGCAACAACAAGAAUGAGGCCGGCGUGUUCUCUAUUCAGGACAUCGGCAAUGGUGUUGGCUACAAGGUCACGGAAACUGAGAAGAACCAACAGGUGACUAUCAACAAGGAUGGUUCGGUUGCCUACGGUGACUCGUCUUACCUGAACAUUUACAGUGUAACUCGCUAG